AUGUCCAACCUAUCGAAUGACUCCAGUGCGCAAACUGGUCACGUACCACCACGAGAAGAAGUACAUCAUCAGGCGCUCCUGCGAAUGCGAAAUCUUCACGACAUGCGCAAGUUUACACAAGAAAACAAUAAGACAGAGGGCAUGCUUUGGACAUCGACUACACAACUCCGCAACCUCGAGAGACAAUGCUUUCCCCAUAGAGCGCAUGGAUUGAGGCUCGCGAAUAUGACUGAUGAAGACACGGUUCAAGAAGCCCAGGCCGCGCAGAAGUGGCUGUUUGGCAUCCUCGAGUAUCACAAUAGGGUCAUGAUGCCUCAACAAGACCUGGGUACCUUCACGCUUGCUGUGGGGAAGCAAAUGCGAGGUCAACAACAGAACUGGACAGAGAAAGAAAGACUUUACAUGGCUCUUACAGACCAUGAGCUGCCUUCACCCAAAGACCGCUUACAAGCGGCAUUCAUGAUCGUACUCCAUCUCAAUCUUGCCAAGAAUCUCAGCGAUAUUAGCAGCAUCGCUAAAACACAUAGCGAGCGCCUGCAGCGGAGGGCAGAAAUUGAAAGCAAAUUUCUGCAUACGCUUGAGAAGAUUUCAGAAAGGGUGGAGUCGAUUCUGAUCGACCAGUUCGCAUGCGCUAUACCUUUGUCACACACUGCCGGCCCCGGAAACGGUACUGGAGCCAUUGACGGUGACUCCGGGUAUUGCCCCAUCUGCCAGAACUCUUACAGCGCCUUUUCCGAAUUCUCCAUCGACGAACUUGUUGCCGACUAUCCUGUACGCAUAAAGUACUGUGGCCAUAUCGUUGGAAAGGCGUGUCUAGAGCAGUGGUUGAUGACGCCAAAAAUUGACGAAGCCAAGUACCCGUAUCGGACCUGUCCACUGUGUCGCGUCCAAGUGGAAGGCGUUAAGUACCCAUCUGUGCCCCGUGGCUUGACAAAUCAUGUCAACAAGGACCGGAGGAGCCUAGAGGUUUGCCGUGAACUUGUAUACGGCUUUGGUCUGGACCCAGAAGAGUGCCUCCUUGCAAUAGUUGCAUGUAUGAGCGAGGAGAUUGCAUGUACGGAGCUGCUCCAUGAGAUUGAGCGCAGAGGCGGUAACAAGGCACAUGAGCACGCGCUGAAGAAGAAGCUGGAGGAUUUGCGCAUGGAGAAGUGGGCAUGGGGCUUCAGGGGAAAUGGGGUGUGGGAUGUGCUGAGAAGAGAAUGGAUGACCAGUGGCGUUGUCCACAGGGUCUGA